UUGUUUAAACUGCAAUCAGAUGGGGGAGGUGAGGAAGCUCCAAAAGAAGUUAAGGCAAAUUGAGAACUUGGAGAUCAAAGUUUCUCUUACUCCGGAGGAAAAAAUAAAGGUCUCGAAGAAGGCGGAGCUUCGCUCCAGAUUGGCUGAGGUUCUGCUGCAGCUUUCUGGCCCCCAGCAAACUGAAGGCAUUGUGGGAAAAGAGGAGGAUAAAAUGAAAAGACAAGUGGAGGAGGUAACAGAGCAACAUGUCGCUCAAAGUCCUGCACUAAAGAUAGCACGAGAGAAGAGACGAAAGAAUGAAGAAAAGGAUGGAAGUAAAACAGAUGGCGCAGAGGAAACACAUGCUCCUCCAGUCGGUCCCAGUGAAGAAGAACAAGAAGAUGCUGAGUUCAGAUCUCUCAGACAAACUUGGGAAAAAGCCAAGUUUCGUCUUCGAUUUCUAGAGGGUCACAGUGACAUCAUCACCUGUGUACUCUCUGUUGACAACCUUGUCAUUUCAGGCAGUCGUGAUACGACGGUUAAAGUGUGGCAUGUUCCCACGGCAACAGAACAGCGGAAUUUGGGAGGUCACAGCGGUGGAGUCACCUGUCUCAAUGCACCACCUCCAGAGUACUGCAGGAGAUUGGCACAUGAACUCGACUUGCCUGACAAGGAAAGAUUUGUUUUAAGUGGUUCCACGGACUGUUGUGUGAAAAUAUGGGCUUUGAGUUCAGGUCAGUGUGUUAAGUCCAUUUACACGUUCAAUGCGGUUACAAGUCUCUGCUUCAUUCCUGAAAGACAAGGCUUCAUUGUCACUGGUUCAGAUGCUGGGAAGCUGCAGGUGUGGAGCUGGACCUCACAGGAGAGCUGUCAAUCAGUGAACGCACACCUGGACUCAGUCACCACACUCCAGUCCCAUGGUCCUCUGCUGUUCAGCGGCUCCGCCGAGGGACGUGUGUGUGUGUGGGGGCUGAGCAAUGAAGGGCCGGAGCCCCUCCGCAGGUUGCACCUCUGGGAGCCAGAAGUCACGGGGUGUGGUGGAGGUGAUGGGCUGAACGGGAGGCUGUUUCUGAGCCCCCGCGGGGACCGCGUGUUUCUCACAUGUGGGAAGGCGAGCAUACGAAUCCUUAACUGGAGGACAGGCGUAGUGACCCGGUUAACCAAUCACAGCAGCACUGCGGGUGUCACAGAUUACAUCAGUCAAAUUCCGGGUCUUUUGAUUGGUUCUUGCUUUGACCUCGCCACCGGAGAAAGCACAAUUAACUUGUUUUCAGUUCCCCAGUGCAAGUACCUGGUUUCACUCACCUCUUCAAGUCUUCCCAGAAUUCUUUGUUUUGCUGCCUGGCUGACAGCGAGCGGGGACCAUCGGUGGGUCACAGGGGGUCGUGACCUCAUCGUUUGGGAGCAGCUUCCAGGAAAUUUCAAAAAGAGAGGCGAUGUCGCAGUGAGACGAGACAGACGAUUGGAAUAUUCUCUUUUGGAUUCUGACAGGGACUCGGAGGGCGACAGAAGCGACGAUGAUGAUGAAGACUUCAUGCCCCAGGGUGCACCUGAAACCGUGGAACCUGAAAGUUCUCCGUGGCUGCGUUGCGUUCUUCAGUGAGAAAAAGAGGAGGUGUGGAUGACAAACAGAGAGAGACAAUAGGAAGGUCGAAGGAGGGCUGCAAAGGAAGAAAAAUAAGAGGAAAGGUCAAGGGACGAUGAUGGAGUGCAAGAAAUAAAACGUGAGAACUCAAGUGGAACAGAUUGAGCGUGAAGAAACAGAAGGAGAGAAAGAAGCAACAGACUGUUUUCUAUGUAAACGUUGAUUCAAUAAAACGGACCACGUUAUAUCUGUGCGUGUGCGAGUAUUUAUCUUUGCUGGCGUUUCCGUCUAUAAAUAUCCAUGGCGUUGUUCAUCACUCUGAGGCUCCACAUUAAUGUGUAUUGAUUUCCUGUCCCUGCGUCCCUAAAACAAACAAAU